UGAUUAUGAUUCAGAGUGGCGGUGAGCUCCGGUACUGGCUCCGCAUAUUCGCGCGCUUCUUGUUCGGUUGGUUCUUUUUUUUUCUCUCCUUUGACGCGAACACCUUUCUAUCGCGCGUAUACAGAUCCUAUCUAUCCUAUCUAUCCUAACUUAUUACUGCCAACUCUUUUUCCUCUUUCUCAUUCUUUUUUUUCCUCGAUCGUUUCAUCGAACUUUACGGAAGAAAGAUCUUUGUCGAUGAAAAUCGAGCGAGGUUUACGCGACACAUAUACAUAUACGCGUAUAAGCCAAAGAGUCACGCUCGCAGCAACAGAAGGAAAGAGAACACGGGUGGCGAACCACCAGGGAGGAAAACGCUAAGAGAUCGAUAGUGUUGUGGCAACCACGUUUCAAACUAGCUCUCUGCCAGCCAGGUAGAGUCACCGGCACGCUGUUGAAAGUACAACAAAUGUUUCCGCUUUGCGAAUAGAGUUAGUAGAGGUAACAUCUCAACAGCUUCCUAAAACCCUGCGUAAUUCUCCUCAACAAGAGUAUAGUCGAAAUCGGUUGAUUUAAUAUAUGAAUCCAAUUUGACAGUUUGCGAUUCUCGAGGCACCUUAAUAAGGAAAAGUUACGCAAGGGGAAGCACGUGAUUCAGUGUUUCCGGGAAAAGGGGGAUGUAAAGGGGCGAGCGACGAGCACCAAUACUGUACGCACGAGAAAAAUAAAUCACGGUGAUAUAUUAACACAAUUUAACAAUUGGACCAAGAGCAGCAACAUUGCCGAAAAUAUGACGAGGUGGAGCAAGAUUGUUUCGCGGCGGCCAAGCUACCUGACGGCGAUAACGUUCCUCACUUUGUACGCGAGUUGUACUGGAGCGGCACCCACCAAUGUCGUCAUCAGCGACACCACUGCUGCGAAUUAUCUGGCGCAAUAUGGAUACUCACCCAUAAAUCCAGAAAAUGGUGCCUUCUUAAGCGAAGAGAAGCUGACGACAGCAAUAGAAGAAUUCCAAGCAUUCGCCGGUCUCAACAUUACAGGUGAAUUGAAUGAAGAGACUGCGAAACUUAUGGCUACACCAAGGUGCGGCGUUAAAGACAAGGUUGGACCAGCCGCCGAUGGAAGGUCGAAGAGAUAUGCUCUUCAAGGAUCUAGAUGGCGUACAAAGAAUCUAACAUACAAGAUUAGCAAAUAUCCGACUGGUCUGAACAAACAGGAAGUGGAUAAAGAAAUCGCGAAAGCGUUCGGCGUUUGGUCAGGUGAAACUGAUUUAACGUUUACCCGCAAAACUGGACAUGAAACCGUUCACAUUGAAAUUAGAUUCGAAGUAGGCGAGCACGGCGACGGUGAUCCUUUCGAUGGACCCGGUGGUACUUUGGCACACGCGUAUUUUCCCGUAUACGGUGGCGAUGCUCAUUUUGAUGAUUCUGAACGUUGGACCAUUAAAAGCUAUCGCGGUACCAAUCUCUUCCAAGUCGCAGCUCAUGAAUUUGGACACUCGCUCGGUUUAAGCCACAGCGACGUUAAAAGCGCUCUGAUGGCACCUUUUUAUCGCGGUUACGAUCCGAAUUUUGUUCUAGAUCAAGACGAUACUUAUGCUAUUCAGGCUCUAUACGGAGAGAAAACUAAACAUCACGGAUCACGAGGAUCUACAUCGCCGCCUGCCGAAGAAGAUCCUGAAUUGUGCAAAGACCCCAAAGUUGACGCAAUGUUCAAUACUAAAGAUGGCGAGACUAUUGUGUUCAAAGGAAAACACUAUUGGAAAUUAACAGACAACGGUGUAGCUAGUGGCUAUCCUAGACGCAUUGAUAGCACUUGGAAAGAGCUCCCAUCAAACAUAGACGCUGCAUUUACAUACAGGAAUGGCAAGACUUAUUUCUUCAAGGGUACGCAAUACUGGAGGUAUAUUAAUACGUCUAUGGACGGUAAUUAUCCAAAGGAGAUUAGCGACGGUUUCACCGGUAUUCCCGAUCACAUCGACGCGGCAACUGUAUGGACCGGAAACGGCAAAAUUUAUUUCUAUAAGGGUGCGAAAUUUUGGCGCUUUGAUCCAGCGUCGAAGCCACCAGUAAGGAGUAAUUAUCCUAAACUUAUUCAAAACUGGCAAGGCAUUCCAAAUCACGUUAACGCAGCAGUAACCUAUAAAGGUUACACGUACUUCUUCCAAGAUAAUGCCUACUAUCGAUUCAAUGACCGAACGUUCAGGGUGGACGAUGCUGAUCCCGCUUUCCCAAGAUCAACGGCGUAUUGGUGGUUUGGAUGCAAGUCUGCUCCUAGAGGGACGCUAGGUAAUGAUCACUGGCCAUUCGCAUUUGCCAAUAAUCUGGACGUGGCUGACAUUGACAUGCACGACAAUUACGAUAGUCUUGACAGCGUCGGUGACAUCAUCUUAGAUGCAGGAGGAACCGACGAGCUCGUCACGUCGCCAAAUCAUCAGGAUCACGCGGAUUCUGGGGCAUACUCAUCGAAUCAAUCGGAGAGGACGUGGCAACUUCUGCUCGGCAUCAUGACGAUGAUCAUCGUGAAGUUCGUAGUGACUAUGUAAAAAAAAUAGCGCGAAUAAUAAUGACGAAACUCAGUUUUCGCAAAAAUAUACGCGAGUGCUACUUUGAAAAAAAGAAAAACUUAUCUGCCAUGGUGACGACGCGAUCGGAAUCGUUAUAUUAAUACGAUGAUUUAGAAUUUAUUAUUGCGCUCCCGAUAAGUAUAGAUAGCUAGAAAAAUUACGACGAGCAGGCAUUUAGCCAACUGAAUCCAGCUGAACUGCGCACGGCUGCGCAUUGAUUAAAAAUAAUUCGCGCAGCUCUGUGACGUGUAUUUUUUAAUUUUGCACACGCCUUAUUAUAAUUAAUUACCAGUGCAAAAUAAUGUGUGUAUACGCGCGUAUAUAUAAUUUUAUACAUUUGAACAAUCUCAGCAAACCCCGAUAUAUAACUGUUACAUUGCUAUAAUAAAACGGAAUGUAACAGGUAAUAUAACGUGUACA